AUGCCUCCUCGCCGAGCGCACACCAAGUCCCGCCAGGGUUGUGAUCAGUGUAAGCGGCGUCGUGUAAAGUGUGAUGAGAGAGGGCCUCCGUGCUCCAAUUGCAUCUCGAGGGAGUUAGCAUGCACAUAUUUGAGAGCGCCGCCUCGAUCCGAAGUCCAUGCAAGCCAGACCUUAGCUGUGACUAGUGGACCGAGGAUCCCCCGUGUCCCCAGUGUCUCCAGUGCUUCCGGGGCCCCCGGUAUCCCGAGUCCCCAACCUCUGGGGAUUCCAAGCCCAGCGGCUUCCACUCCGUCAAGUAUCUCGGGGGUGCGAGAUCUGGAGUUGAUGCACAAGUUUUCCACGGAAACUUAUGAGAGUCUGUGCACGUCCAGCUCGGGACAUUAUGUGUGGCAGAUCGCCAUUCCGCGUCUGGCUUUGCAGUAUAAUUUCUUGAUGAAUGGACUUCUCGCCUUGGGAGCUCUCCAUAUCGCUACCAGCCUUGAGCCACCGGCAUCUCUGGUAUAUAUUGAUACCGCUCUUCAAUACCACAACCUCACCUUUGCUCCAUAUCGCACCGCAGUCGACAACAUCACGCCAAUGAACUGCGAGGCUGUGCUGGCACAGUCUAUCAUCACCACUGUCAUUGGUAUUGCUUUACCUAGAGCGAGUGCGGCCCGCGGGGAAAGUGCAAGUAUAACAGAGAACAUCGUCGUGGUGUUCGAACUCUUGCAAGGAGUAAAAAAGAUCCAUCGGAUAGGUGAAUCCUGGAUCAAGCUGGAGCUGUUUGCUCGCCGACGAAAUUAUUGGGACACAGGUCCAAUUGGUCUAGACAGUGAGACGCAAGCGGCUCUGGAGCGACUCGGUACUUUGAACGACGAAACCCUUGCUAGCAUCGACCCGGAUCAACAUCAAAUCAACAAAGAGGCCAUUUUCUAUCUGCGGCAUUUCUCUACCAGAGUUCGCACGUCUGUGGAUGCCGCGAACGUUCUGGCAUGGCUGGCCAUGGUUGAUAAGGAGUUCGUGGACAAUGUGCGACGGCGUCAACCGCUGGCAUUAUUGAUUCUCAUGCAUUGGGGCGUUCUACUGGGCGAGCUUGAUGGCCAACAUUGGUGGGCUCGUGAUUCGGGUCGAGCGUUAGUUGGUGAGCUAUUGGAUGCACUGCACCCUGCAGACCCUCAAUGGGCAGAAGCUGUUGGUUGGCCGCAGAAGAAAAUGGCACUUUGA